UUACAUCCUUUUCAUUAAACUAUUUUCUAUUAUUCCAUUGCUUAGCACUGAACAUUUCAAAAGUGCAUACAACAGAGCAAGCUAAAAAGUGCGACUAAGUUUGAAAUUCAUGGAAGAAUUCAAGAUUCCACUCCUGCCUUUAACAGCACCAACUAGAGCAGAAAAAGACCCAGAAAUCAAUAAAGAUGAAUCUAAUGAAACAAGCAAAGAGCAUCCAAAUAAAUCGCUUACUAUCACUACCCCAAUCCAAGUAUGCCCUUACAAAAUACCUUCAUGGUCGCAGGCGCCUUCGGAUUCAGUCCACUAUAAAUUUGAAGUGCUAAAAUCAGGUCAAAUCAUAAGUGAAAUCGAGAAUUUACAAAAGCAAGCAGUGUGGAAAUUUGGUCGAUUACCACCACCUGCAAACGAUCUAGAAUUGGCACAUCCAACUAUUUCUCGUUUCCACGCGAUUUUACAAUAUCGACCUAAAACACAAUUAACAAAAUCUGAUUCGGAAAGUGAUACUCUGGAUACCAAAGAUGGGCCACCAGAGGGUUGGUAUAUAUUUGAUUUGAAUAGUACACAUGGUACUUUUUUAAAUAAACAGCGUAUACCAUCUCAGGUGUUCAUACGCAUACGUGUUGGACACAUGUUACGUUUGGGUGCGAGCACCCGUUCUUAUAUACUACAAGGACCACAAGAAGAUGAGGAGCCUGAAUCUGAGUUGACCAUAACAGAAUUGCGUGAAAAACACCAGCAAAAAUUAGCUGCUGCUGAAGCUGAGGCUGUUCGAAAAGCAGGGGAAGCCGAAGAGCGCGAACGAAAUGAGGGCAUUAGUUGGGGUAUGGGAGAAGAUGCAGAUGAGGAGACUGACUUAACUCACAACCCGUUCGCUAGUACAAAUAAUGAGGAGUUAUUUCUUGAUGAUCCCAAGAAAACAUUGCAUGGCUAUUUUGAACGUGAGGGUCUACAAUUGGAAUACAAAUGUGAUGAAAUGUCUGCCGGAUCCUUUGUUUGUCGUGUGGAGUUGCCAUUAGAUGAUGCAUACGGUCGUCCUUUAAUAGCUGAGGUGGUGCAUAAAGGCCGAAAGAAAGAAUGUGUAGUCCAAUGUGCUCUGGAAGCCUGUCGAAUUCUUGAUCGUCACGGUGUUUUACGCCAAGCAAAUCAAGAACCUCUAAAGAGAAAAGUAAAAUCUCAAUCGGACUCUGAAGAAGAUGAUUUUCUUGACCGAACAGGUGACGUUGAACGAAAGAAACAAAGAAAAUCGAAUCCUACAAGUAAUGUUGUUUUAACCUACCAAGAUUUGUUAAAAAAAGAUUCUGAGCUCGCUUCACAGCUGCAAGAAGUGGACGAUGAUAUAAAGCGAUAUCAAGAAGCUCAACGCCGCCUUAAAGCUACACAAUCUUGUAACAGCGAUGAUCUAGAUCACUUUAUGGAAAACUUAACAGAGGAAGCUGCUCAGCUGGAUAAGACAGAAAUACGAAAAUUAAGGUUGGAGCAACAGCGUCUUAAUGCAGAAAAACAUAAAGUACAACGGCUGAUUAAAAUAGCCAAACCAAUUGAUUUGCAAUUUGCGAAAUUAAGUGAAACUGCAAAGAAUGACUCAACUGGGAAGAGGCAAUUGCCAAUGAUUGGGAAACGUAAUCAAUUUAGCAAAUUUAAAAUUGCUAAAAUAGUUGAAAACCAUAAAUCAACUACAAAUCCAAGUAAUGCAAAUUUAGCGUCAGACGAAGAAGAGGUAGAGGACGAUACUGAGACCAGUUCCAUGACAAGUAACUCUCUUAGUAACACCGCUGCUUUAAAAUCUACCGUACAAAAGAUACCUUUGGAGGAAGAGCAAUAUAAAAAAGAAAAUCCAAGUGAUUAUUCAAAGUCCGCGGGCAGUCCAAUAAAGGUUUAUGGUCCAACCACAGUGGCGGCUAAAAAUAUGGACGAUAAAGGUGAUAAUAAUACAACAGAAAAUUUAUUAAACACUGAUGAAGGAAAGGCGUCUGCAGAAUGUAAAACUUUUGAAAACAUUUCCGUAAAUCAGGAGACUUUGAAAGAUUCUGCGAAAAUAGAGGAAUCCUCUGAGACAGAAAAUACAAGGAAAAAGCGAAGACAACGUCAGCGGCAACGACAAAAACGACAGGAAAUUGAUAUAGACGAACUCGAAGAACAGGAGUCGAGUGAAAAAUAUGCCAAAUGGGUGCCGCCACCGAAUCAAAGUGGUGAUGGCUAUACAGAAUUGAAUGAUAAGUACGGAUACUAGCCUUACUGUAAGAUUAAAGAUUUCAACAAAAUGUAUCUUAAAAUGACUUUUUAUGUAAAAUCCCUAAAUAUAAAAUACAAAUGAAUCAAUUACGUUACACA